AUGGAAGGAUUUGAUGAUCCUGGUGUAUUUUUCUCUGAUAACUUUGGUGUGGAGGAAAAUGAAUCUCAAGAUCAAAUUAACCUGCAAGCUGUAAAAAAGAAGUUUAAAGAAUUUAUUCGGCAAUUUCACACGGGAAAUUUCAAUUAUAAAUAUAGAGAUGCUCUUAAACGAAACUACAAUUUAGGCAACUAUUGGGUAGAGAUUAAUAUUGAAGAUCUAUCCAGUUUCGACGAACUAUUAGCAGAGAAACUAUACAAGAAGCCUACUGAACAUCUGCCUAUUUUAGAAGAAGCAGCAAAAGAGCUCGCUGAUGAAUUGACUGCACCACGGCCUGAGGGAGAGGAAAAAGUCGAAGACAUCCAAGUUCUUUUGACAUCAGAUGCACAUGCUGCUAACCUAAGGGAAUUAAAAUCUGAAACUGUAUCCCGGCUAGUAAAAAUUCCUGGCAUAGUAAUAUCAGCAUCUGGGAUUAAAGCUAAGGCAACCAAAAUAUCAAUCCAGUGUAGAUCAUGCCGGAACAUAAUCCCCAAUUUGCCUGUGAAACCAGGUCUAGAAGGAUAUGUGAUGCCCAGGAAGUGCAAUACGGAACAAGCAGGUCGACCCAAAUGUCCAUUGGAUCCCUACUUCAUAAUUCCUGACAAAUGUAAAUGCAUUGAUUACCAGGUAUUAAAACUGCAAGAAGCUCCGGAAAGUAUUCCACAAGGAGAGAUGCCCCGGCAUUUGACUGUUUACUGUGAGCGAAUUUUGUGUGAACGAGUGGCACCUGGGGCUAGAGUCAUAGUACUUGGGAUUUACUCCAUCAAGAAAAUUGCAAAAACUUGGAGGGAAGGCAGGGAUAAAGGUUCUGUUGGUGUUCGGUCUUCAUACUUGCGUGCGGUUGGCCUUACAGCUGAGGAAGGCGUGACUGGAGGUCUACGCCCUUUCACUGCAGAAGAAGAGGAACAGUUCCGAAGAUUGGCGGCGUCUCCUGACAUAUAUGAACGUAUCGCAAAGUCGAUAGCGCCUAGCGUAUUUGGUGUUGUUGAUAUGAAGAAAGCUAUUGCCACCCUUUUAUUUGGUGGCUCACGGAAAAGAUUACCAGAUGGCCUCACUCGUCGUGGAGAUAUAAAUAUCCUUUUAUUGGGUGACCCUGGAACAGCUAAGUCUCAGCUUUUGAAGUUCGUAGAAAAAGUAGCUCCCAUUGGCGUCUACACAUCAGGAAAGGGUUCAAGUGCUGCUGGUCUUACCGCUUCCGUCAUCAGGGACCCUGGCAGCCGUAAUUUUGUAAUGGAGGGCGGAGCGAUGGUGCUCGCAGACGGUGGCGUUGUAUGUAUCGACGAAUUUGACAAAAUGCGUGAAGACGACCGUGUGGCUAUACACGAAGCUAUGGAACAACAAACAAUUUCGAUCGCUAAGGCCGGUAUCACGACGACAUUAAAUUCCCGGUGCUCCGUUCUCGCGGCUGCCAACUCGGUGUUCGGGCGAUGGGACGACACCAAGGCGGACGACAACAUCGACUUCAUGCCAACUAUUCUGUCAAGAUUUGACAUGAUCUUUAUAGUUAAGGAUGAACACGAUCAAAACAGAGAUAUCACAUUAGCAAAGCACAUAAUAUCGGUGCACAUGGGCGGGGACAGUGCGGAGCGCGAGAUGAGCGCGGGCGAGCUGCCGCUGGCGCUGCUGCGGCGCUACUCGGCGUACUGCCGCGCGCGCUGCGGGCCGCGCCUCGCGCCCGCCGCCGCCGAGCGCCUGCGCGCGCGCUACGUGCUCAUGCGCAGCGGCGCCUCGCACCACGAGAGACAAAUCGACAAGCGCCUGUCCAUUCCGAUCACAGUCAGGCAAUUGGAAGCUGUCAUAAGAAUAUCUGAAGCCUUAGCUAAGAUGCAACUUCUACCGUUUGCUACGGAAACUCACGUCACUGAAUCGCUUCGCUUAUUCCAAGUGUCAACUUUAGAUGCAGCAAUGACUGGCAGCCUAGCUGGAGCAGAAGGUUUCACUUCGGAAGAAGAUCAUGAGAUGCUAUCUCGUAUUGAAAAACAGUUAAAGCGCAGGUUCGCUGUAGGCUCACAAGUAUCGGAACAGACCAUCAUUCAAGAUUUCUUAAAACAGAAGUAUCCUGAGAGAGCUAUCUUUAAGGUCAUUCAUACGAUGAUAAGGCGUGGAGAGCUACAGCAUCGACUUCAACGAAAAAUGCUUUACAGGCUUUCAUAA